AUGUCAUCGACACCUUCACCCCCAGCCUUGGUGAUGGGCGGAGCAGGCUUUAGCUACCAACUGAACCCCAAUCCCGAAUCUCUUCCUAUCGUCGACAUCCUCUUGCGCGCCUUCGAACUUGGCGUGCGCACUAUUGACACAUCACCAUACUAUGAGCCCUCAGAGCAACUCAUGGGCGCUGCAUUAUCAGAUCCCCGUAUCCAGUCGAGAUACCGACGGAGUGACUAUGAACUCAUGACCAAGGUUGGCCGCAUUAAGGAAAAUGAGUUUAAUUACUCCCCCGACUGGAUCAGAAAGUCUGUUGCCAGGUCACUAGAGCGAUUUGGUACUACGUACUUGGACGUUGUCUUCUGCCAUGAUGUUGAGUACGUCUCCUUGGAUGAAGCUGUCACUGCUGUCGGUGUACUGCUGGACUUUCAACGCGCUGGGGUCAUUCUGCGGGUCGGAAUCUCGGGCUACGACAUUGACACCCUGGCCGAAGUCGCUAGACUUGCCCGGGAGAAAUAUGAUCACCCUGUCGACGUUGUUCAGACCUGGGCACAGCUCACUCUCCAAAACACGCAAGCUGAAACCCGUGGUUUUGAUCGUUUCCGCGCCGUUGGUGUAAACUCAGUAUUCUGCUCUAGUCCACUGGCUGUCGGACUAUUGAGGACUGGCGGAAUCCCCCUUGGACUGACAGGCGAUUGGCAUCCUGCGCCUCAAGGACUGAGAGCUGCCGCAGCUGAAGCCGCUGAGUGGAUGGACAAGCACGGAGGUGAAGAAAAUUUAUGUUCCCUGGCAAUGCAAUAUGCUAUUGUAAAGGCAAAGCAGAAUUGCACUCCCUCGUUCUCGGUAUCAACCAUUACAGGAAUCAGCACCCUUUCCGAUCUUGAGCAGAAUGUGGUUGCAGCUAAAAGAGUGCUUAAAGCUGCCGGCGACUCUGAGAAUUUACUGGACUAUACAGAGCUGGACUCUCAGUCAGUGGAGAGCAGACUGGCGCUUUGUGAGCGUGUUCGCCUGAUGUUGGGGGAGUGGCUAGACUAUGACUUUACUGGUAAGAAGCCCAAGACAUUGGACGGGAAAUCCGCUCGGGAGGUGAAGAUGCCAGGUGCUGUGAGUAUCGCAGCAGCAGAUGAUAGAGAUUUGAAGCAGUCUGCGGCAGUCGGAGUGUUGGUGUGA